AUGUUUGAUCCUAGCGAUAUGAGCAAUAUUCCUCUUGCUGGGACAGUUUAUCCAACAGAAGAAGAAUUUAAAAAUCCAAUAGAAUAUCUUGAAUCUGUAAGACAUUUAGGAGAAAAGUAUGGUAUUCUUAAAAUUGUACCACCUGAAAAGUAUAAAUUAGACCCUGCUGAAGACUUUGACGACCUUCAGGUAAAAGCCAAUGCUUUUAAAUUUAUUUGCAAAAUACAGAAUAUUAACCAACUUCAAUUCAGAAAUAAGAAACAAAAGUUAGAAUUUGAAAAUAAUAUUAAAUCGGAGGUGGAUGAAUCAUCAUCUUUAGAAAAUUCAUUAAAGAGAAAAGCUGAAAAUCUUUCAGAUUCGCCACAGAAAAGACUUAAAGAUAACUCUGACAAAUCCUUCAAACCAAUAAUUACAUCUAUGGGUGGUGAUGAUAGUUUUGGCUUUGAAAGAACCAAGAAGGAAAUAUCUCUUAAGAAAUACAAGGAAAUGGCUGAUGAAUUUUCAAGACGUCAUCUCAAGUCUAUACAGAAACAAUUAUCCCCUUCCUCACCUGAAGAGAAGAGACUCAAGACUUGUGAAAAUGCAAAAUCAUCGACAAACUCUUCCAAUCUUGAUAUGACUAGUCUUAGUGAUGAUGAAAUUGAAAAAGAAUAUUGGAGAAUUGUGAAUAAUCACGAAGAAACUGUAACUGUACAAUAUGGAAACGAUUUACCUGUUUCUGAUUAUCAAACCUUUUUCCCAGCCAGUUGGAAACAAGGAUGGGAUGCAAAUUUAUUGCCUAAACUUCCUGAUUCACUGCUAUCUUUCCUUAAUAUUGAUAUUCCUGGUGUGAAUACUCCAAUGUUAUAUGUUGGUAUGCUUUUCAGUUCUUUCUGUUGGCAUGUUGAAGAUCAUUUCAUGUAUGCCAUGAAUUUUAUACAUCACGGUGCUCCAAAACAAUGGUAUGGUAUUCCAGCAUCAGGGGCAGAUAAGUUUGAAGAGGUGUUUCGUAGAAUGUUCCCUAAUCUCAUGGAUGGGCAGCCUGCUAUUUUACACAUGCUUGUAACACAAAUAAGCCCAGCCAUUCUUGCACGCGAAGGUGUUCCUGUCUAUAGAAUUGUACAUGAACCUGGUACUUUUAUCAUUACAUUCCCUAGAGCUUACCAUGCUGGCUUCAAUCAAGGUUUUAAUAUUGCCGAAUCUGUAAACUUUACCUCAACAUCAUGGCUUCCUUAUAACCGUUUGGCUCUUUCCAAAUAUUAUGAAUGCAAGAGAGCAACCACUUUCCCUUACGAACAUCUAAUUCUCUCAGCUGUUACAUCGAUAAUUUCUGGCAAGUCCAACCCUUCAACUUCUAAAUACACAUUUUCAACACGAGAAUCACUCAAAGAUGAGUUAUCAUACAUUUCAAAGGAUGAGAAGGAAUUAAGAGAAUGUUUAGCAGCACUCCUAACAGAUAAAACGCCAAGACAAAUGCCACAAAUAUCAAAUAGAAAUAUUGAAAAGUUAAGAACAUGCUCCAAGAAGGAUAAUAACAUCAGAUGUUGUCAAUGCAAUUCUGAUUGUUACAUAUCUGCUGCUGUUCUUAAAGGAAGAAAGAAGGAAGAUAACUUUUGUUUAAGGUGCGCCAUAGAAAAGGCAAAAGAAAGUGAAGACUUUGCUAAGAAAUGUUACAUGAUUGAAAGAAUGACUUUGAAAGAUUUAGAAAUCUUGAUAGAAAAGUUCGAAAAGGUGUUAGCUUGA